AAAAAUAAAUUGUUUCCCAAAUCGUCCAAAAUGGCCGACAUUGACGAAAUAAACAUGGACGACGAGGUCUGUUACGAGUUCGAUAUGACGAAGAUACCGGAAAUCAUCACUCCGGACGAGAUGAACGAGUCCGGUUAUCAGGAGGGCUCGGAGAACAGUUUCGGGGAUAGACGCGACUCGAAAGAGGGCUUCGGCGGCGAGGGUGACUCGGACAGUGGGGUUGAUGGAGUGAGUAGUGGCUGCAGCACCGCCGACGACUGCCCGGUGGUAUCCAUCAACGACGUGGUGGCGUACUACGACGACAUCCGCCCGCGGCGCCGGCACGUGCCGCAGCUGAACUACUAUCACGUGGACCUCGAGAGGAUGGCCACGGACGCUGUUGUCAAGGUAAAGUAACAUUUCAUGAUUUCGUGCUUCCGG